GUAAUGAAUAACAACACGGGGCUUCUACUCUGAAUCUGUAAGCCAGUGCUCUUAACCAUCAAAUCCAAGAGACUCAACGCUAAUUCUGUUAGAUAAAGUCAACGACGACAAAGAUCGCGAUACUACACAAACUACUGUUCCCAACAUGCAAAGCGGCUCCUGUCUUUGCCCAGGAGUCCCGGGAGCCCCAGGCUGCCUCGAGGUGCGAAAGGCAACCUGGGAGUGGAAGUUCCCGCAGACGCCUACCGGUUUCGCCAGCACGGCAGUGGCGGCUCUCUCGGCUCCGGCCAGCGGGUCCAGUGAGGGCGAGCUGAGGCGGAGAAAGGGCGCGGAACUGGAAGUGGGUGAGUCAGGUUCUGUCUCUACGCGAUAAAGGGAGGCGGCACCGCGACGCAGGGCUGAAUUAAGUAAGUGCGGCCCGAGCCGCGGUCGAUUCCGCGACGCCGCUAUCUUAGCGUGAGCGAGGGAAGGGUGAGGAGGAGCCAGAGCCGGGUCCCCGCCGCCAUCUCCACCAUGCAGUCCCGGGAAGACGCCCCGCGCUCUCGCCGCCUCGCCAGUCCCCGCGGAGGGAGGCGGCCCAAGAGGAUUUCUAAGCCCUCGGUUUCGGCCUUUUUCACGGGCCCGGAAGAAUUAAAGGACGCGGCUCAUUCCGCAGCCUUGCUGGCACAGCUCAAGUCCUUCUACGACGCGCGGCUGCUGUGUGAUGUGACCAUCGAGGUGGUGACGCCUGGCAGCGGGCCUGGCACCGGUCGCCUCUUUUCCUGCAACCGCAACGUGCUGGCAGCCGCGUGUCCCUACUUCAAGAGCAUGUUCACGGGCGGCAUGUACGAGAGCCAGCAGGCGAGUGUGACCAUGCACGAUGUGGACGCCGAGUCCUUCGAGGUGUUGGUGGACUACUGCUACACGGGUCGUGUGUCCCUGAGUGAGGCCAACGUGCAGCGCCUGUAUGCAGCCUCCGACAUGCUACAGCUGGAGUAUGUGCGGGAAGCCUGCGCCUCCUUCCUAGCCCGCCGUCUUGACCUGGCCAACUGCACUGCCAUCCUCAAAUUCGCUGACGCCUUUGACCAUCACAAGCUACGCUCUCAGGCCCAGUCUUUUAUUGCUCACAACUUCAAGCAGCUCAGUCGAAUGGGUUCAAUUCGGGAGGAAACUCUAGCAGAUCUGACCCUGGCCCAGCUGCUGGCCGUCCUACGCCUGGAUAGUCUGGACAUAGAAAGCGAGCGGACUGUAUGCCAUGUGGCCGUGCAGUGGCUGGAGGCAGCUCCCAAAGAGCGGGGUCCCAGUGCUGCAGAAGUGUUCAAGUGUGUCCGCUGGACACACUUCACUGAAAAUGAUCAGGACUACCUGCAAGGGCUGCUGACCAAGCCCAUUGUGAAGAAGUACUGCCUGGACAUCAUUGAAGGGGCCCUUCAGAUGCGUUAUGGUGACAUGUUGUACAAAUCUCUGGUGCCAAAACCAAACAGCAGCAGCAGCAGCAGUAGCAGCAGCAGCCCUGUUGUAUCUGCAGUAGAAAAUCCACCCCAGAGACUGGGUAUGUGUGCCAAGGAAAUGGUGAUCUUUUUUGGACAUCCCAGAGAUCCCUUUCUCUGUUAUGACCCGUACUCAGGGGACAUUUACACAAUGCCAUCACCUUUGACCAGCUUGGCUCACACUAAAACUAUCACCUCCUCAGCUGUCUGUGUCUCUCCAGACCAUGACAUAUAUCUAGCAGCCCAGCCCAGAAAAGACCUCUGGGUGUAUAAACCAGCCCAGAAUAGUUGGCAGCAGCUUGCAGACCGCUUACUGUGUCGUGAGGGAAUGGAUGUGGCAUACCUCAAUGGCUACAUUUACAUUUUGGGUGGACGAGACCCUAUUACUGGAGUUAAACUGAAGGAAGUGGAAUGCUAUAGUGUUCAGAGGAACCAGUGGGCGUUGGUGGCACCCGUACCACAUUCUUUCUAUUCCUUUGAACUAAUAGUCGUUCAGAACUAUCUUUAUGCUGUCAACAGUAAGCGCAUGCUCUGCUAUGAUCCUAGCCACAAUAUGUGGCUGAACUGUGCUUCUCUUAAACGCAGUGACUUUCAGGAAGCAUGUGUCUUUAAUGAUGAAAUCUAUUGUAUCUGUGACAUCCCAGUCAUGAAGGUCUACAACCCAGCUAGGGGAGAAUGGAGGCGGAUUAGUAAUAUUCCCUUGGACUCAGAGACCCACAACUACCAGAUUGUCAAUCAUGACCAAAAGUUGCUGCUCAUCACUUCUACAACCCCACAGUGGAAAAAGAACCGGGUGACCGUGUAUGAAUAUGAUACUAGGGAAGACCAGUGGAUUAAUAUAGGUACCAUGUUAGGCCUUUUGCAGUUUGACUCUGGCUUUAUUUGCCUCUGUGCUCGUGUUUAUCCUUCCUGCCUUGAACCCGGUCAGAGUUUUAUCACUGAGGAAGAUGAUGCACGAAGUGAGUCUAGUACUGAAUGGGACCUAGAUGGAUUCAGUGAGCUGGACUCUGAGUCAGGAAGUUCAAGUUCUUUUUCUGAUGAUGAAGUCUGGGUGCAAGUAGCACCUCAGCGAAAUGCACAGGAUCAGCAGGGUUCUUUGUAAAUAGUAUUUUGAAACACUAAGAUGUUUCUACUGCUAUAGAAUGUAUCUUAAAAAGAUAUCCUUUUUUCCUGGGAAAAAAAAAAAAAAGUUGAGUAAGACCACAGAUUUGGUUUAGAAAGGGUAAUAUUUUGAAAUAAUACAAAAUUUUAACAGCCCACGAAAUCAACCUGUUUAGUAAUUUACUGUGCUAAAAGUCCAGAAUUAAAAUAUGCAAAAAGGAAGUAUAUAAUUGAUUAGGAUGCUUGGUGUUUUUUUUCUUUGUUGAAACAUUCAUUGCACCAGUGGAUUGUUUUGAUUAGUUAGUAUGUUUAUAGUUUGAUUAUUCUAAUUUAGUCUUCUGUUAAUUUUUAAAUUCUGUUUAGUGCCACAAGGAAGUUAACUUCAUAAUUUGUAUAAGAGAAUACUAGACUAGGAAUUGUUGGUAGAGUUUUGGAGGUAUAUAUUUUCUUUCAGAAUAAUGAAAGUAGUAGAUUUCAGAAAUUUUAAACUAGUCAGUCUUUAGUAUUCUAAGUUAAAUAUAGUUUGUUAAAUUUGGUUUGGUUUUCUGCAAAGAAAAAUGGAUAUGUAUAUUAAGGUUACUGAAUAGUGAUUUCAUUCUGAUAAUGUGUAGAAUGCCCUUACAAGUUUACAGAAAAUAAAAAAAUCAGGAUUCCACUGUUAAAAGAAAUCCCAGCUUUUAUUUUGGAAUAUAAAAUGUUUACUUGCUAAAUGUAACUAAUUUUUUAUCUAAAGAAACAUCCUUUCUAGUAGUGCCACCAAUUAUUUAAACACCCUUCUAAACCAAAAAAAAAAAAAAAGAAAAAGGUAACUUGCUUUCUAAGUUCAUAAUUUUGAUCUAUGCCUGAUAUAUGCUUCACGAGUCAGGAACAAUUUUUUUUCCCACUGGACAGAGGUUUAUUUGCUUCUCUAAAAUAUCUUUGCUGUAUAGUUUUGGUGUUCGUCCUAGAGGAUUCUUCAGCAGGAAGUGAUUUAUUCUUUACUGUUUUGUGAGGUAAUAUUGGUUUUGAAAAUAUGUAUAUGCUAAAAACAUUAUUUUAUUGAGAUCAGUAGUUAUUGUGUCUAUCAACUAUAAAAUCAAGUGCCAGCAAAGAACUUUAAAACUUUAAGCUAUGUAUAGAACUGUUUUGUGUAGCAUUGAAAUAUUCUGUCAGUUUUGUAAGUAAAUGUUCUUGGUAUCAGCUUGAAGGUAUUUUUGUAUUAAAAGUUGACAGUUAAAGGACAUAAAUGAAUGAUGGCAUUUGGGGCCAGUAGUGGAAGUAUGUUUCCUCCAGAAUAUUCCCUUAAGCACUGGUAUACAUGGUUAUUUUAUUAUGGUAUUUGUAUAUGUUCUAUGUUUCUCUGUGAACCAUGCUCCAGUCCUUGUUUGUUUUUGUCACCACAUAUACGGGAAAGUCCAUAAAUAGAUACUAAAUCGCACAUAACUGACAUUGUUAAAUACAAGAAAAUAUAGGUGCUUACAUUUGAAGGUUUAUUAAUACAUAUGUUGUCACAGUACAUACAUACGAUAAAUGGUAUACAUAUACAUAUACUGAUGUCUAUGGUGUAUACAUUUUUCUAUACCCAUAUAGAAUUAUCUUCCUGAAUCUUUGUUAAGUAACAUGCUAAUUCCUCUUCUUUGUUUAUUCUUUAAUGACACAAUGCUAAUAACAUUUCUUACACCUUGGUAGAGGACAGAGAAAUUUGACUGAAGAUGGGGAACUGAAUUUUUGAAUGAGAAAAGAAUAGAGAAACAAAAACCCCACAAAUAUUGUUUUCUUAGCCAUUUUAAUUGGCUAUUUGAAGAGUCUAUAAGACAUUCCUGUUUAAGAUCUUUUUCUAGUGAAAUAAGAUACCUGCCCUACCAGUAUAUGUUUCUUCAAAAGGGUAAACAUGCUUUAGUGGCCUAAGGCUAACUUUUAUUCCAUUUGACUUCAGGGAUAUUAUAAGCACUGCUCUUUAACAUAGAAAGCUAUUUCUCAAUAUUCUUAUUUUUGGGCCAACUUCUUCACUAUUACCUUCUUAGUUAAUAGCUUUUUGUUCUAUAAGGUUGAAACAUGACAAUACUUAACCAGAUUACCCAUCUGCAGAAUAAACGUAUUCAACUAAGUUAAAGUCUAGGCUAAAUAGUAGGGAUGUCUUGAUUUACAACGAGGUUUUCUUGGGAAGGAUUUUGGUUUUGUGAUAUAUUUGUGAAUUAGGGAGUAGAUGUUAACCAUUAUUUUAUAGAUAAGUGAUUUGUACGUGGUUAGUUAUAAAUAAAACUGGUACUAGAAC